AUGCUCUCAGUUAUUGGCUUGAUCGCAUCGAUGGUGGGCAUCGGUGGCGGGCUUCUGAUGAAUCCUCUAGUCCUGUCCCUCGGCCUCGAUCCCAAGCAGAGCACGGCCACUACAGCGAUUGUCAUAUUCGCCACGAGCACCAGUGGUACCAUAACAGUAAUUUCUGGUAUCAUCUCUCUCGUCCAUGACGCUGAUUUCUUUAUCUUUUUCCGCUACAUUUGCUUCGCUCAUCUGUAG